AUGGAUACCAAACCAGAGCCUCCCCCUCAAGCUCCAGACCUGGCUGACUCAGCGCCAAAUGAGGCCAGGCCCGCUGAGGCCAAACCCGCUGACUCAGCUCCGCCAGCGGCUCGACUGCGGUUGACUCUGAAGGAGCCAAAGUCAGAAGGCGCUAUCCCCAAGAGCCCAUCCCCAUCUCGGCCUCGUGGUAGACCGAGGACAAACGAAUCUGCUACCUCUCGCAAGAAGACCCCUCGCAAAACCAAUACCCGAACGAAACGCCCGAAGCAAAACGCAACAGCCGACCCGAAACCGCCCAUGGCAAACGGCGCGGAGGACUGCGCGACAGUCCUCGAACAAUUUGUCCACGAUGCAGCCAACUUGCCACUCGAGAUCAACCAUCUGAUGGAAGAGAUUCAAGCAAAAGACAAGGUUAUGCAAGAAUGCCGAGCCACAAUCAACUCCCGCGACAGCAGUAUCCAGAAAUUCAUCAAGCUGAACGGCAGUCUGGCGCCGAAUCCCAAGGAGGAGCAGUACAGCAAAACGGUGCUUCAGAACCUCGACCGGAGCCAGCAACUACAAGAUGAGAAGAUCCAGUUGAGCGAAAAGGCAUGCGUGCUACUGGAUCGUCAGAUCAAACGGCUGGAUGUACGCCUCCGCGAUCUCGUGAACGAGGGGCUGCUCUCGAAUGACCCGCCACUCCCUUCGCUCUUUGACAACAAGAAUCAAUACCGCGAUCCACCCAAGGUGUUCUUCCCCGACUCUACGCCAUCUGAUUCCCCCUCCUACGCUACGCCACUCAACACGACAUCCGGAAACGUGAAUCCCAUCCUCGCGGCAGCCCAGCGCUUGAGCCAGGCCACGCCGCGAGUGCCAGGCCCAGGUAAUCUAGCUGCCCAAGGUGGUGCACGCAGCUCUGCACCUGCAACCCCCGCUGCAACGGCAGCCGUCCACCUGCAUCAGCGACAACGCGAAUCUUCCGCCGGUGCAGUGGACACCAAACGCCGACGGUUGAAUGCCUCGCUCGGUACACUCCCAGCUGCAUCAUCCAACCUGCGCCAGUCCUCCAUAGGUCCUGGAACACCUAAAGCUGGUACCCCUGCUGGCAGCCGCGCGGGCAGUGUCGGACCUCGCGCAGCCACAGGCAUCAAGAAGGCCUUGACCAAGAAAGUUGCACCACAUCAACAAGUCAAGAAAAUCAAAGCCUCGGCAGCUAGCAAGCACACCAAACGCUCAUCCAGUGCCAGCGGUCGUAUCAAAGCAUCUAAGAAAUCCCCCGCUGGCGAGGGCGAUGAAGACGACGACUCCAUGCUCAGUAGUGCUGACAUGUCGGACUCGGAUAAGAGUGAUGCUGCCGAGGGCGAGGAGGAUAUGGAUGACGACGAGGAGGAGGAUGAGGGUGCUGAGGAUACCAAGGUCUAUUACUGUGCUGACGACGAUGCAGACGAUGCAGGAGAAGUAGCACCAGACGACGAAGAAACCCCGACACUGCUUCCAGAAAUAGUCCCACUCCCAGCCACAACAGAUGAACUAGAGCCCACAGCACCGGCACUCGACGACGUAGACACCGACGUACUCGAUGUCACACUACUAGAUAUCCCACUCCCCACCGACGCCGAGGUCGAGACCGUAACAGAACCCUCUCCCACGCUCGAAGACGAAGUCGUGGAAGAACUCGAUUCCGACGACACCGUCACCGUUGCCGCAGACUCAGACGAAGUAGUACUCACAACCUCCGAAACACUCGUCGAAUACGUCACCCCAUACUCCGAGCUAACGCAAACACUAUUCGCUGAACACGCAUACCCCGUAUCACAGCAUAAAUGGCCGCACACCACGUCGCCAUAG